GAUGGAGACUGGUAUCAUUAGAUCGGAACCCGUCAAUAAGUGUAUAAGUAAACUCAUUGUUUUGCCAGACCUAAUAAUCUAUGGCCCUGGUUGUUAACAUUUUCAGUAAGAUAUUAAAAUUUUGAUAAAUAAUAUAAUAACUUUUAACACAUAACAUUUUUAAUAUUCAUAAUUGAAAUAGUGUAUUGCGUAGAAAUAUUGCAAUUUACUUUUAGCAUAAAUUUAAAAUUACCCAAAUUUUAAUUAAUACGUUUAAUUAAUUUCCGAGACAUAGUAUUAUUUAAAACAAGUCCAACUUUGGGGACUUGUAUUUUUUUGCAUUAACUGUUACCACACCCAUCGAAAAUAGGCCUAUCCGACACAGCCGUUAUGGACAUGAUGAUUUCGAAUCUGCAACAGCAACGGCAGAUUACUGAACAGUUACGACGUGAAGCAGCAGUUAAACGCUUACCCGUAUCGCAGGCCAUACAGGAUAUAAUUAAGUAUAUAAGAGAACGUGAAAUGGAAGAUUGUCUAAUGGUUGGAUUUUCAUCUCAAAAAGCAAAUCCUUUUAGAGAGAAAAGUAGUUGUUUGGUUAUUUAAGUAUUGUAUUUAUUACUAUGUAUUGAUUUAUUUAUGAAGACAAGUUAUCAUAGUUAAUUAUAAUCCAUAGUGUUAAAAUUUCUAAUUAUCAAUAUGAGUUUGUUGUAUUUAAGUACACUGAUUAUACUUUUAAGUUAAUUUUUAUAUUCUUAUUAAUUAGCUGCAUCAUAAAUGUAUAUUAUAUAUUAAUUUUAUGUUGUAUGUUAAGGAUUUAAUUCAUUUUUUAUUAGUAUUUAAUAUUUUUGAAUAUAACAUAAUCACAAGUAAAGAA